AUGGGAAGACCACCUGAAGAUGAAGAUACUUACCUGCUGGGAGGUGCAACCAGUAAGAAUCCAUAUAGUUUUAUGUACCCUGGUGUAGGAACACAAUCAUUUUUAGAUUUAGAUGCUGGAGGACCAUCAAUUAAUGAUAAUAGUGAUAACAGCAAUAACAACAAUAAUAACAAUAAUAAUAAUAAUAAUAAUAAUAAUAAUAAUAAUAAUAAUUUGGAUAAAAGUAUAAGGGAUAGUGUUGUUUUAAUUGGAACGAAUAAUGAAAACUAUGAUCUAAGUCAAUCACCACCUGUCAAACCAAAUAAAAUCGAUGGAACACAUGAACAUAAGAUUGGUGAAGUUUUGGCAACUGCCAUUUGUGGCAAUGAUAUUACAUCAAGUAUAUUUUAUACAAGCGCAAGUUGUACCCAGUUUGCGGGUAUUUAUGCACCAUUUUCGCUGGCAAUCGUCUGUAUUGUUCUGUAUUUGUUUAGAAAGGUAUAUGGUGAGGUCGGUAGUGCACUGCCACUCAAUGGUGGUGCCUACAAUGUGCUGCUGAACACCACCAGCAAGCAUGUCGCAUCGUUGGCAGCGGCAUUGACAAUGAUCUCGUACGUGGCAACCGCAGUAGUCUCGGCAUACUCUGCAAUGGAUUACUUCAAUGGUUUGGUGCCACAGGUGAGCGAUCACUACUCGACCAUCGUGCUCCUAGCGAUCUUUGCAUGUCUCAACCUGAUCGGUAUUGGCGAGAGUGCAAUUGUCGCUUCCAUAAUAUUUAUCUGCCACAUGGUGACACUCACUAUGAUAGUGUUUGGUGGUUACAUCAAGUUGUUCUAUCAUCACAAUUUCGAUGUGUUGCGCGACAACUGGAAUGGCGUGGUGCCACACAGCUACACCGGCUGCGCGGCGGUGCCAGAGUCGUCGAUGAAAUAUCUCGGACACAACUUUGCCUACAAUAUCUACUUUGGAUUUGGUGCUGCCAUGCUUGGUGUCACCGGUUUCGAGACUUCCUCCAACUUUAUCGAGCAGCAAGAGCGCGGUGUCUUCCCGAAAACUCUGAGAAACAUGUGGGCGAUCGUCACCUUUUUCAAUCCUCUCAUUGGUCUGCUGAAUCUCUGCUAUAUGUACACUUGUUUUAUUUCGAUCGUAUUCUUUGCAUCGAAAACCGACCUUGCCUACCUCAACAAAUCGAUUCUCUACAUCCGUGACAACGAGCAGACCAACUGGGUGCGUAUGGUACACUGCUAUACAAACGAACCACCCGCUGAGCUCGCCAAGAACGUCGCAAUCAUCGAUCGUUGCUACCCAAAGAUUCGUAUCGAUCUCAUCACAGUACAAGGUGAAUUCACUCCAUCGACAGUCGAGAAAAUCUCCAAACUCCUCAAAAUACCCAAAAACUUUAUGUUUAUCGCUUGUCCAAAGAGUCAAAGUUUGAAUGGAAUAGGUGAUUUCGGUGGUGUCAGAUGUAUAACUUUAAUGUAA